ACUUCCCCCUCCCUCAGAUUUCCGAGGAGGCGCUGCCUCCCUGGCCUAUAGAUCCUGGCGAGCAGCAAGGGUCGGAGUUAUGAGUUCCCGAGUUGGGGUGACCAGAACCUCUCCACAUAGCGGAGAAGAGGACAGAUGCCGUAAUGGAAGAGAGGCCGAGAGGUUCAAGAAGAACAGAAAUGUGUGUAUUAUGGUAAAAUAAUACAAAAAAUAAACAUCGACGUGCUGACGUAAGCACUGCCGCCUUUACCAGGAAGUGACGUCGAGGUCCGUCAGACUGUUGAUGUUGUUGACUGGUCGGCCGCAGAACGGGAAGACGGAGACGCGUUUUGUUUUUGUUCAACUAAAACGUCGAAAAGGAGCCGCACCGCCGCCUCUGCGCCCCGUUUCGGUUCGGUAAGAGCCUUAGGUCGGUGAUCAGAGCGACGGGAGCGGGCCGGAGGGCGAACACACCCAAACAUUUGAUACAGAAAGGGAGGACUCGUCACCCUCUGACCCCCUCCCUGCCUCCCUCACCACCAUGACGAUUCUCCCCAAGAAGAAGCCCAGCUCCGGGGUCGGUGUCUCGGACCACGCCGAUGACAGUGACCGUCGGAGCAGCUCCGACCCGCACCAGCACCCUCACCCGCACUCGGGGCGGACUGGAGCGCGGCCGAGGGCUUCGCCUCCGCCGUGGUCCUACCAGCCCGCUCCGCCCUCCGCUAGGGACGACAGGCGGAGCAUCGAGGCUAGCUCCCGUCCGCAGCAGGCCUCUCCGCCGCCCGUCGGCUCCGUGUCCCCCGUGGGGCCCGGGGACGGGCGGGACAGCAGCGGCGGGAUGCUGGCCGGGUCCCGCGGGGAGCUCGUCGUGUCGGCCGGCGUCGUCGGAUGCGGCGGGGGCAUCGGCAGCUGCUGCUCCGGGCCCGGACUGAGCAAAAGACGGCGGCAGGCAGGCACCUGCUCCGGCGGUGUGGCGGCAGCUCUGGCCGGCGGAGGCCAACCCGGGGUGACCGGACCGGGAGGAGUGGGGUCCAGCCAGGACACGGAGGAAGGAGCCGGGAACAACAGCGAGGACGAGUACGAGAACGCCGCCCGGCUGCAGUCCAUGGACCCGGCUACCGUGGAGCAGAUCCUGGUCGGAGAACCUGAACCUGGUUCCUGGACCGGUCUGGUAGAAACAGCUGAGUCAUCAAGACGAGUAACAGAACAAAAGCAGGAGCACUGGUUUGAAAAAGGUCUGGGGGAGAAGAAAGGCUUUGUCAUCAAGAAGAUGAAGGAAGAUGGAGCAUGUCUGUUCAGAGCCGUGGCUGAUCAGGUGUAUGGAGAUCAAGACAUGCAUGAAGUAGUCAGGAAACACUGUAUGGAUUACCUGAUGAAGAACGCUGACUAUUUCUCUAACUACGUGACAGAGGACUUCACCACAUACAUCAACAGGAAGAGGAAAAACAAUUGCCAUGGUAACCACAUUGAAAUGCAAGCCAUGGCUGAGAUGUAUAACAGACCGGUGGAGGUGUACCAGGACAGCACAGAGCCAAUCAACACGUUCCAUGGCAUCCACCAGAACAAUGACGAGCCAAUCAGAGUGAGCUACCACCGCAACAUCCACUACAACUCUGUGGUAAACCCCAACAAGGCCACAAUUGGGGUCGGACUGGGACUGCCCGCCUUCAAACCAGGGUACGCAGAUCAGUCUCUGAUGAAAUCUGCUAUCAAGACGUCGGAAGAGUCGUGGAUCGAGCAGCAGAUGUUAGAGGACAAGAAGAGGGCGACGGACUGGGAGGCCACUAACGAGGCCAUUGAGGAGCAGGUUGCCCGGGAAUCCUACCUGCAGUGGCUGCAGGACCAGGAGAAACAGGCCAGACAGCCCCGUAAGGCCAGUGCCACCUGCAGCUCGGCCACGGCAGCAGCUUCCAGCGGACUAGAUGACUGGAGUGCCCGGUCGCCACGGCAACGGGACUCUGACCCCUCCCACUCUGACCUCACGACCACUUCGUCGACCAACAACAAACCCCCCUCCCCUGCUGGAGCUGCACUCAUCCUGAGCAAACCCCCCUCUCCCUGCGCGCCAGGUCCCAGUAAUCAGAGUCGUCAUCAUCUGGAGUACAGAGCCAUCAUGCAGGAGAUGUCACCUACAGCGUUUGGUCUGACAGACUGGGAGGACGAUGAAAUUCUGGCAUCGGUGCUGGCUGUCUCUCAGCAGGAGUACCUGGACAGCAUCAAACACCAGAGCACCGCCAUGCAUCGAGAGAGAGAGCCGUCACCUGACAGCAGCUGAUAACCGACUGACACACAACAAAACACACCAACACAACCAUGCCCUUUAACCUCCCCACCCCUCCGCCUUCACCUCCACCAUCCAGACUCCCUCCGCCCUCCCAGCUCUGACCCACAGAAGGAAGGAAAUAAAACAUCAAACAAAGAAA